AUGCAGGAGAGGCAAGGGUCCAGAGCAAUGAAGAACCUCAACAAUUUGGUCAAGGAUGUCCUGAUCCGUUGGAGUCUUCAGCAGGUGACAUCUGCUGGCGUCGCCACAGUGGAGGUUCUAGAUGUUUGCAGCGGACGUGGGGGCGACCAAAUGAAGUUCCUGCAGGCCCCCAUUUCCACCGUCAGGCUUUGCUACAAUGCUGUGGAUAUUGCAGAGGCGCAGAUCCUUGAGGCGCAGAAGCGCCUCCGACAGCGCCUGCCGCUAGAGUGGCUAGAGAGCUGCCGCUUCUUUAUUGGAGAUGUAACCUUGUUGGCACCAACCCUGCCUGAUGAACCCUUGCCGUGGCAGCACAUCGUUUCGAUUCAGUUUGCGCUGCAUUAUGCCUUCAAAUCGAAAGCAUCAGCAAGAAGUUUUCUGCACAAUGCUACAGGCCGCCUAUGUGGCGGAGGGCUGUUGAUCAUCACAACUGUAGACUCGUCCAAGAUCGGAGAGUUUGCAAGGCAAGCAGCGGAGAAGCAGGAGAACAUGGGACUUGACGGCAGGGUUUUGCAAAACUUUUGCAGUAAGGAUGCCCACCAACUGGCAGGGCCUGCACGGCACGUUCCCCAUUUUUGUGCCCCCUACAUCUCCCAAAAGAAAAGUGGAGUGCUUAGUCAGCACGGAAGCCCGCACGGAAGCCAGUGCGUGGAUGUUGCUCGGUGA